AUGGCGGUUUAUGUGGACGUGACCCUUGACAGAAAUUGGAAAAUGUUGUUCCCGUUAAUUGUUAGCGCCUUCAUGUCCACGGUAGCGUACAUAAUAACCGUGCGCCUGAUCCCCAAACUGAGGGACAUGUUCAUCAAAGCCAACCUUUUCGGCAUAGAUAUGAGCAAAACUACGAGUGAAAAAGUGCCUGAGUCGCUGGGGGUUGUGACAGGAUGUACCUUUUUGAUAACCAUGUUCUUGUUCAUUCCUGUACCGUUUGGUAGCAGUUUAUUUGACGAUGAGAGUUUUCCUCACGAUGAGUUCGUCGAGUUGAUAGCAGCCUUGUUGUCGAUUUGUUGUAUGUUGCUGCUGGGGUUUGCUGACGAUGUGCUGGACCUCAGGUGGAGGCACAAGUUGUUGUUGCCAACAAUAGCGUCGCUGCCGCUUUUGAUGGUCUAUUAUGUUAACUAUAAUUCGACGGUGAUCAUAGUUCCGAAGCCGUUAAGGGAGAUUUUCGGCUUCUCGGUCAAAGUGGGGAUUUUUUAUUACAUUUACAUGGGGAUGUUGGCUGUGUUUUGUACGAACGCUAUUAACAUAUUAGCUGGGAUUAAUGGACUUGAAGUGGGGCAAAGUGUGAUUAUUGCCAUGUCCAUAGCAAUAUUUAACGUGGUUGAGCUGUCGGGGAGCCUCUGGAAGGCACACCAGUUCAGUCUGUACUUUAUGUUGCCGUAUAUAGGGACCACCUUAGCUCUGCUCAAACAUAAUUGGUACCCAUCAAGGGUUUUCGUCGGAGACACUUUUUGCUACUUUUCGGGGAUGACCUUCGCCGUGGUGGGGAUUUUGGGUCACUUCAGUAAAACCACGCUUUUGUUUUUCAUCCCUCAAGUGUUUAAUUUCUUGUAUUCAUUCCCACAGCUGAUUCACUUGAUCCCGUGCCCCAGGCACCGACUGCCAAAGUUUAACUCAAAAAUUGACAAAUUAGAAAUAAGUACGACAAAGUUUCGUUAUGCAGAUUUGAACGUUGUGGGCAAAUUUACAAUAAACUUGUUCCGAGUUUUCAGAUUAAUUCAGUGGCACGAAAAAGAAGAUUAUGUCAUUACUAAUAAUUUAACUUUGAUUAAUUUGGUCUUGUUGUACUUGGGGCCGCUCCACGAGGCCAAGCUGACACUGGUCUUGUUGGGGAUACAGGUGGUGUGCAGCCUAUUGGCGUUUGUUAUUAGGUAUCCGCUAGCGUGGAUAUUUUACGAUGUGUAGAAAAAACCAAAUAUUGUAAAUAGGUCAUUUUUACCAAGACUGCUUUACAUGUUUCUUGUUAUGCAGAUUUUAUUGAAUAAACAUUUGUUGAAAAAAUCGCAGUUUUUGUCC